AUGACAGACUGUCAACUUUUGGACUACAAUAGCAUUCCAGCAAUGACAUGCUACAUUACGAACAUUCCACGGAAAGUUGUUGGAAGCGCGCUACCGAGCUCAAUAGAAUUACAUGGCUUUUGUGACGCCAGCACAGAAGCAUAUGGCGCCUGCGUUUACAUUAAAACGAGUGCACUCGAUCAUCACGAAGUUUACUUGCUGUGUGCGAAAUCACGGGUAGCACCGGCCAAAAGCACAACUUUGCCCAGGCUAGAAUUGUGUGCAGCACAUUUGCUGGCGCAACUAACGAAAAGAAUAAGGGACAUUAUUCCCGUGAAGAUUGAUAAAACUUAUUAUUGGUCUGACUCUAUGAUCGCACUAGCAUGGAUUCGCUCUGACUCAAGACGAUGGAGUGUCUUUGUAUCAAAUCGUGUGGGACAGAUUCAAGAGUCAACCGAUCCACAUUCUUGGAAUCAUCUAAUUCAGUCUCAGCUCUGGUGGAAUGGGCCUGCAUGGCUUACUGUCGACCGUAAUCAUUGGGAAGUUGAGUCUACAACAUCAUUAUCAGUGAAGGAUCUCCCUGAAAUUCGCAAGACUGCCCUAAUCACCACCAAGCCUUUGGAAGAAUGGAGCAUUUUUUACACGAUCUCAUCUUUGCAGCGCUUGCGUCGAGUCGCAGCUUAUAUACUACGAUUCAUCGAUAAUAUGAGAACUUCUAAGGAAAACAGGAAUGCCGGUUCCUUGACAGCUACUGAGCUGAACAUUGCAAUAUUACGUCUUGCCAAAAUAAUUCAAGGAUAUUCUUUUUCAGCUGAGAUCAAGGCUCUACAAAAUCAAAAGGCAAUACCUCACGACAGCAAGUUGCUUGGGCUUUCACCUUUCAUGGACUCUAGCGGCAUCAUAAGGGUAGGAAGAAGACUAUCGCAUUCGUAUUUUCCUUACCAAAUAAAGCAUCCCAUCGUUUUGCCAACAAGGCAUCCUUUCACUAAAAUGCUCAUUAUUUACGAGCAUCAAAGAUUACUUCAUGCACAGGCAACACUGGCUUCACUGCGACGGCGCUUCUGGCCAAUCUCAGGCAGAAGCGCUGUCAGACAUGUUACUCGUAGCUGUUUGAGAUGUUUUCGCACUUCACCUAAAGCAAGCCCGUUAAUCAUGGCAAAUCUUCCACCUUCGAGAGUCUCACUGUCUCGCCCAUUUUUGCAUUGUGGCAUUGAUUAUGCCGGGCCGUUCAUGAUCAAAGGACGGGAUUCAUAG